ACUCAUUUGCUUUCUUACCAUGACUUCACCGAACUCAAAAAUGCACGAAUUCGUAAACCAAACCCCGCCCGCGAUCUCGUUCACGAUGGUCAUGUAAAUGCUCAUCUUCUUCGUAAGGUUUUCAUCUUAACGAGAGAGAGAGAGAGAGUCGCCUCUCUAUCCCGCGACUCCUGUCGUGAAAAAGCAUGCUUGCAAGACGACGAAACGGCAACCUAGAUCUCUCCUCCCUCAGGAUAAAACUCACCCACGUACAGAAUUACGGCACAUAUUGAGUGUCCAACAGAGAGAGAAACGACCAAGGCAUGAUCGUCAUCCUUGGAUAACCACAAUGCCUCCUUCCAAACCAUCCUCUUCUCCUUCCUCCUCCUCCAAAUCCCCACCUUCCCCUCCUCUUUGUUUCCCUCUCCAAUCCCCCCAUUUCGCUCCUAUCCAAGAAUGCCAACGAGAAGAAGAAGAGGAGGAAGACGCGAACGGUGUCGAGGAACCGGCCUCCCACGCGCGGCCGGCGCCGACCACUCCGAUGCACCACCUCCCGACGCCGCUGCACCGUGCCCACAGGAGCGGCAAGCCGGCGAGCAAGAAGCGACAAGAAUCGUCCGGCGGCGAUGACGAUGAUGUCUCGGUGUCGUGCAACAACUGCCGCCCGCACGCGCGCGAGAAGAUCUCCGUGGUCCCCCUCGACACCGGCGGCCACCACCACGGCCUGGGCCGGCACUCGAUCCCGAGCCCCAACGGCAUCUUCAAGUCCAUCCUGUCCACGUUGACCAAGAGGAGCCCGCGGUCCACCGACGGCGCGUCGUCGGCGGCCUCCUCUGUGAGGGAGGAGCAGUGGAAGAUCGCCCUCGCCGAGCUGUCUCACAAGCUGAUACAAACCACGAGGAAGCGGGACGAGGCGAUCCUGGAGGCCUCCAGGCUCAAGUACUCCAUGGCCGAGCUCGAGAAGAAGCUCAACAAGCUCGAGCUCUAUUGCCACAGCCUCAAGUCCGGCCUCGACGAAUGCAAUAACUCGCCUCAUCGGACCCUCCGAAACCCCCGCCACGUCAACCCGAACCCCACUUCUAACGACGAAGUCGUCGAGCCCUUCCUCGUCGCAGUGUCGGAGGCUCGGUCCUCGGUCCGGUCCCUGAGCCGGUCGCUCGCCAUGCAGCUCCGCGGCAUGGGAGGCAAACUGCACGAGCGGGUGUCUCUCCUCCUCCAGCCUCACGACGUCAAGGUGGCCUCGCCGCCGUCGAGGAGCACUCGGAGCCUGCUGCUCCACCUCGAGGCGCUCCUGAACAGGGCCUUCUUCGAGGACUUCGAGUCGGUCGGGUUCCAGAAGAGCGCGACGAACACGAUACUGAACCCGGUGGAUCGGUGCGAGGCCAACCUCACGUCGUUCAACGUGCUGUGCAAGGUGAAGUGGGACGACGUGUUGAAUAAAGGCACGAGGCAUUUCAGCGAAGAGUUUAGCAGAUUUUGCGAUCGGAAGAUGAGCGAGAUCGUGGGCAUGUUGGGAUGGACGAGGGCGUGGCCGGAGCCGCUGCUGCAGGCAUUCUUCGGGGCGUCCAAGGGGGUGUGGCUGGUCCACCUGCUGGCGAACUCGGUCCACCCGGGCCUGCCGAUCUACCGGGUGGACAAGGGGGCCCGGUUCGACCCAGUCUACAUGGAUGACAUGGGCACAGACAGCGCCCGGGACAGGCUCAUCCCGACCGUGGUCCGGAUCAUGGUUGCACCCGGGUUCUACGUCUACGGCCACGUGGUCAAGUGCAAGGUACUGUGCCGGUACUACAGUAGCGGUAGCGCAAAUGGUAUGCUCAUUGAUGACAAGGGCUCUCUUUCAGCAACCUCGCCUUAAUUAGAUCGUGUUUGAACUUUUGAAUUUGAGACCAUUUCUCUCUUUUUCACCCAUCAAUGUUUUUUUUGUAGUCUCUUUCUCUCUCUCUCUCUCUCUCUCUCUCUCUGUAAUAUGAUAAUAGCAGGGGACAUUUUCGUGGAACUUAUUUAAUCUUAAACAUUGUCGAUUCUUUCUUUUCUUUUUCUUUUUUUAAUUUUUGGAGGUGAAGGGUCCAAACGUUUUGGCAGUUGGACUUGGGACCGGGGGUAUAGAGGAUGAAAACAACGCGUCUUUUGGGUCAAAGUAAGAUUUUGGCAUUUUGU